GAUGGCUUUAGGACUACGAUCCCAGGCGACCGCAACCGCCAUAGCUAUGGCUGGAGGCAACAAAGUCGGAACUACGUUGCAGACCAUGGGGGACAGUAUAGAAACUAUAGGCAGCUCGACCAAUCCUAAACAGCUUAGCGCUAAAGCAAAAGCAUUUGCCACAUACACAUACAAGGCCGAGCAGCCUGGAGCACUAUCCUUUACCGCGGGAUCGAUCAUUACGAUCAUGGACAAGGAUACCCCCAAUGCUGACCUUGGGUAUUGGUACGGGUGUACGCAGGACGGAAAGACUGGUUACUUUCCGUAUAGCAUGGUGUACGAGCUCAACCAUCCCACGCCAUCACCGAUGAGCAUAGACCACUACAUACAGCUGCAAGGUGCGGGAUUGGCAAUCGUCAAAUACACGACUCUGGAAAGUGAGGUAUGCCCGCACUCGCUACAAAGAUGUCACGUAUGUGGGGUGAGUGGGACGGGGCAAUCUGUGCAGUAUGCAGGACAAAUCAGUAGUAAAAUGACACGGGACUAUAGAAUGGUAUACAAAUAA